AAGGGUGUAUUCGCAAUCCUUUCCGUUGCUGUUGGGUUGGCUAAUGGCGGGCAGACAGACCUCUGUAGCUGCUCCUCUACCGCACGGCAGCGUUUAAAAGGGGGCAAUGGCUAGCCUGUAGCGAGCUAGCACACCAAAAAAUCAUUGCAUUUGUCAUUAGUGACUGCAUCAGCCAGGCCAUGGGAAGCUACCGCGUUGGUUCUUCCUCGUUUCUAUAGAAAUCAAUUCAUUCACCGUCGUGCCGGGGAUACAUGAAGCACACGGUGACUCCAAGUGUUUUUAGGCGGAGACACAGUGUCCAUUUCGGGGGUUUUUAACUUGAGAAGUCGUGAUCUUUGACGGUUGACAACAACUUUUUUUGCAACGUUUUAGUCCAACGCUGAAUUGCGCAACCAGUGUUAGCUUUAACUGCCUCAAACUAACUCCGCCUUCAGACUUGUUUUUCUAAUAUUUUACAGCAACUCUAAAAUGCUUUUUUUUUUUUUUAAGUUAUUUUACACAAAGUAACAACAACAACAACAACAACAUCCCCUAUUAAAACACAUUAUGGUUGUAUUGUUUGCCAGCUUGUUUUCUUAAUGAUUUAGCUUACAGAAAUCACAUUGUUUUGUUUUUAGAGAAGAUACUUUGUGACAAUAUUAUUGUAAAUUUGAUGAGUUUUAGAUUACAUUUUAAUAAUGGGUCAGUAGUACGAGAACUUGUCCUUGACAAUUGUCGAUCAGUUGAAGGAAAAAUCGAAGGCCUCACGGCUGAGUUUGUCAACCUGGAGUUCCUCAGUUUGAUAAACGUUGGCUUAAUCUCAGUUUCCAACCUGCCUAAAUUAGGAAAACUCAAAAAGCUGGAGUUGAGUGACAACAGAAUCAGCGGCGGCCUUGAUGUUUUAGCAGAGAAACUACCCAACCUCACACAUCUAAAUCUGAGUGGCAACAAAUUGAAAGACAUCAGCACAUUGGAACCAUUGAAAAAGCUGGAUAACCUGAAGAGUUUGGACCUGUUCAACUGUGAAGUGACAAACCUGAAUGACUACAGAGAGAGCGUGUUCAAGCUGCUGCCCCAGCUCACCUACCUGGAUGGCUAUGACAUGGAGGACAGGGAAGCCUCUGACUCUGACGGAGAGGUGGACGGAGAGGGCGUAGAUGAUGAUGAAGAUGAAGAGGGAGAGGAGGAGGAAGACGAGGAUGGAGAGGAGGAGGACUUUGACGAGGAAGAGGAUGAUGAGGAAGAUGAAGAGGAGGUAGAAGGAGAAGAGGAUGAUGAUGAGGUCAGCGGAGAAGAUGAGGAGGAAGAUUUCGGUCAGGAUGGGGAAGUCGAGGAUGAGGAUGAGGAUGAGGAUGAAGAUGAUGACGAAGCAGAAACUGGCAAAGGAGAGAAGAGAAAGCGAGACCCAGAGGACGAGGACGAUGACGACGACGAUGAAGACGACGAUUAAGAGCAAAACUGAAAACGAGAGCCUACCGAGUUACCCUUCCUCCCCCACAAACCCGAACGUCCGCCCUCCUAUAACUCGCACCGCCUUUGUAAUCCACGUCUACCCCCCCCCCAGCUCUGAGCUCUUUUUAUGGGGCAAGACUGUACCGGAUGGGUGGGCCAAGGGGAGCUGCCCUCCCCUUUUUUUCUCCCCCCCCUCCCAUGGAACUGAGAGCCACCAAACACCCUCCACCUCACCCACCCCACGGCCCCCGAGGUUCUCAGGCAGCCCAGCACUCAGCAUUCCACAAUUUCACUGUCGAUCCCUCUUUAUGUAUUCCCGUGUGAGGACUUUGGGACUGGUAUCUAGUUUUGGGUCUGUGCUUUUAAUAUUUUGUUGAAUUAUUUUUUGUUGUUGGGUUUAUUAUUUCUCAUUUUUUGUCUUUAUUUUAUUUUUUUUUUCUGUUCCCUAUUUUUCCCAAUAAAAUUAUUGCUAUAGCAGCUGUGCAACCAGCGAGCCAUGAUUUUUAGUGUGGCCGCCUGUUGCACAAAUCAAGGUUGUAGCUACAUUUUUACUUUCUGUAUGACAAAAAAAAAACUUUGUAAAUAAAAUGUUAACAUUUU